AUGAAGGACCUAAAACUGGUUGGUCUUAAAUCACAUGACUGCCACACCUUAAUGCAACAGUUGCUUCCAAUUGCCGUCCGUGGUGUUCUGCCCAAGCAUGUCAAAAAUGCUAUCACAAGAAAAAAAGUGAACUACAAAGUCAAAGAAGCAAGGCAAACUUAUACCCUCACCGUCUUUCUCAAAAAGGAUAUGCGGUCCAGUGUUUUAUGUGAUGACGAUGUGAUAAACAGAGCCAUCCUCUGGAAGAGAGGGCGACUCAACAAAGCAGGGGAAUUUGUUGGUGAUGAGUUGAAGCAAACAGUGAAUAAGAUUGAUGAUUAUAUUGUCCAAAAGAAGGAUGGUAAGCUGUCCUUUACCAAACCAUUUAAAGAUAUUCUCAUGAAGGCCUUGAAUUCUAACGAACAUGGUGGACGUGUGAGAGGCAUAGGAGCAAAUGUCACUCCAUCAUCCUUCUUCAAGGUUGCUAGAGGGAAGGUGCAAAUUGAUAAGGAUGCCUAUGAUAGGCAACAUAAAGAGUUUAAGGAGGCAAAAGCUAUGCUUUUUGAGCAAGGUUAA